GCGGCCCGGGGCGCGGCGGCUGCAGAGGGAGCGCACUGAGCGCCCGCCCGCCAUGUCCAGGAAGAAGACCCCCAAGAACAAGGGGGCCAGCGCACCCGCUGCCUCCGCGCUGCCCGCUGUCAACGGGCCCCGGCCGGCGCGCCCUGGGACUGCGCGCCCCGGCCCCGAGGCGCCGCGCAGCGGGCCCCCGCAGCCCGGCCGGCCCUCGCUUGGCGGCGGCGGCGACUUCUACGACGUCGCCUUCAAGGUCAUGCUGGUGGGGGACUCGGGCGUGGGGAAGACCUGCCUGCUCGUGCGCUUCAAGGAUGGGGCUUUCCUGGCGGGGACCUUCAUCUCCACUGUGGGCAUCGACUUCCGGAACAAAGUUCUGGACGUGGAUGGCAUGAAGGUGAAGUUGCAGAUUUGGGACACGGCUGGCCAGGAGCGGUUCCGCAGCGUCACCCAGGCUUACUACCGUGACGCUCAUGCACUGCUGCUGCUCUAUGAUGUCACCAACAAGGCCUCCUUUGACAACAUUCAGGCCUGGCUGACGGAGAUUCAGGAGCAUGCCCAGCACAAUGUGGUGCUCAUGCUGCUGGGGAACAAGGUGGACUCUGCCCAGGAGCGUGUGGUGAAGAGAGAGGAUGGAGAGAAGCUGGCCAAGGAGUACGGGCUGCCCUUCAUGGAGACCAGUGCCAAGACGGGCCUCAACGUGGACUUGGCCUUCCUUGCCAUAGCAAAGGAGUUGAAGCAGCGCACCAUGAAGGCCUCCAGUGAGCCCCACUUCCGGCUGCACGAGUAUGUCAAGAGGGAGGGCCGUGGGGCCUUCUGCUGCAGACCCUGAACCUGGCUGGGCAUGGCCACUGGGCUUCCUGCUGGGAGGCCCAGGCUCAGCCCAGCCGCUGCAAGUCUGGAUAGAGGGUCUGCAGGCCCCUCCAACUUCGUCACCCAGUGGUCAAUUCCAACGUGUCAGUUUCCAGGACUGCCAUGGUGAGCCUUGCCCUUCCCUUGUCUGAGCAGCAAUCUAGAGCCUUGGUCCCAACAAAUGGGCUUCAGGGAGCUAGUGGGUCCGCAGCACCCCAUCACCAGCUCCUGCCUGAGGGCCUUGCCCCCACGCUCUUCACAGAAAAGCAACUGUGGUCUGUACUGGAGGGAGGACCCCUCAAUGAACAGGCGGUGCUGGGUGCCUGGUUGGCUGCUAGCCACAGCGCUCUGCUGCCCUCUCCUGGGCUCAGCCAGCUUUGAGGUUGGGUGCUGGUGCGGGCACAUGUACAGUGCCAAAAGCCAUGACUCCCACCCAUGCCUGGGGCAGAGAGCUUCACAACUCAUCACAGCAUACGUCUGUGCCCCAAGAACCAGAGCGGCCUGCUCCCAGCCCACCUUCAAGGAGGCAGUGGUUCAAACAUCAACAGGAUUCUCCUCUUCUGCUACCUUGGAGGAUGCCGAGACUGUGGUUUUGCAAUACAGGGAAUAGCAUGUGGAAAACCACAGGAAUGUCAAGGACCUAGGCCUGCCAGCUGUUGCCUGCUGCCCAAGGUACCAUCUUUGUGGGCCAUGGCCUGCCCACAGCUGAGGCCAGUGCUCGGCGAGGUCGAGCCAGAAGGCUGGUAGUGCGCUCCACUUUGUACUAAAAUCUUCCAGUAGCUCUUUUGGUUGAGAGCCCUUGUUUUCAUUCCUAGUAAAUAAAGUGUUUUCUGGAGUGCCUGUCUCAUCGUUGAAAGAAAUCA